CUAGGCCCACCCCAACAACAGACCAUGUCCGACUUAGUUGCAGCUGCUGAGAUGAACAAGARCAUUUCUUAUCAACGACAAACCAACUCUGUUGGAAGUGACCCKGGAUCAGGAUUUGCAACUCCAACCAUGCACGGAAGUGGACGAAAUUCURUCUCCCCAAACCCUACAGCCUCACAACCACCAAACAGACCGCAUCUAAAAGUUGUUAUUCCCACAUCAAGACCUUCAUCAGCAUCAAACAUACCAAGUCGCAGCUCAUCAGGAAAUCAAAAUUACGCAUCUAGUAACUACGCACUGUCUACACCUGUUAUCUCCUUAGCUACGCCUAGCAACCCAGGGGCUCCGCCUCCCUUUUCAUCCAUGCCAUCGGGGACGGUCGGUGACCUGCAGUUUCCGCCCUUACUGCCCCAACAGCAAGCACAAGCUUUUCUACAACAGCAAAUUAACCUUCAAAGCUUACAGGCAUUGAGUCUGCUUCAAGG